AUAAAACUGGUGAGGCUGUGGGGGUGAGACUCCACUUCAUAUAGGUCGCUCUCUGACAGCUUUGGGGUGUAAGAGCAAGAACAAGGGCGGUUUCUGUGGUGCUCGCACCUUGCAGUCAGGCAUCAGUCAUGCCCUUCUCAAACAGCCACAACCUCCUGAAGAAGAAGUACUCUGCUGCGGAUGAGUUCCCAGACCUGAGUGUUCACAACAAUUACAUGGCCAAGGUGCUGACCCUGGACCUGUACAAGAAGUUGAGGGACAAACAGACUCCCAGUGGAUUUACCUUGGAUGAUGUCAUCCAAACUGGGGUUGACAACCCAGGCCAUCCCUUCAUUAUGACAGUAGGCUGCGUAGCUGGUGAUGAAGAAUCCUAUGAGGUGUUUAAGGCACUCUUUGACCCAAUUAUCAAGGACCGACAUGGAGGCUACAAACCAAGUGACCAGCACAAGACUGACUUGAAUCCUGAUAACCUACAGGGUGGUGAUGACCUGGACCCCAACUACGUGCUAAGCUCCCGUGUCAGAACUGGUAGGAGCAUCCGUGGAUUCUGCCUUCCCCCUCAUUGUAGCAGAGGAGAGAGACGGGCUAUUGAGAAGCUUUCUGUUGAAGCCCUGGCUAGCCUGGAAGGUGACCUUAAUGGAAAGUACUAUGCUUUGAAAAACAUGACUGAUGCAGAGCAGCAGCAGCUGAUUGAUGAUCACUUCCUAUUUGAUAAACCAGUUUCUCCUCUCCUGUUGGCUUCUGGAAUGGCACGAGAUUGGCCUGAUGGCAGAGGUAUUUGGCACAAUGACAACAAGACCUUCCUUGUCUGGAUCAAUGAGGAAGAUCACCUUAGAGUUAUUUCCAUGCAGAAAGGUGGCAACAUGAAGGAAGUGUUCACCCGCUUCUGUACUGGGCUAACACAGAUUGAAACUCUCUUUAAGACCAAAAACUAUGAGUUCAUGUGGAAUCCACACCUUGGCUACAUCCUGACCUGCCCAUCCAACCUUGGGACAGGUCUCCGUGGUGGUGUACACAUCAAACUACCUAACCUUGGCAAGCAUGAGAAGUUUGGAGAAAUCCUCAAGAGGCUGAGGCUGCAGAAGCGAGGCACAGGGGGUGUGGAUACUGCUGCUGUUGGAGGAGUGUUUGAUGUCUCCAAUGCUGACCGGCUAGGCUUCUCUGAGGUAGAGCUGGUGCAGAUGGUGGUUGAUGGUGUGAAGUUACUGAUUGAAAUGGAAAAACGCCUUGAAAAAGGCCAGUCCAUUGAUGACCUCAUACCAGCUCAGAAAUGAAAGCACUUUAAUUCCAUGCUUCCUAACUUAUUGGAUGAAUAAGAAACAUCACUCCAAUCAAAGCCCUGGGGUCAAAAACCCACUAGUAACACUGUAGAAAAGUCUUCCAUCCAUCUGUGUUAGAGUUUAUUUUUUUGAUGGCUGAGAUGUUGCUGAAAAAAAUGAAAUAAACUAUUGUUUUGGCCUGA